AUGUCCAUGCUGCUCCCCUCCACCUCCUCGCCCGCCACCGCCCCGCGCUCCGCCCGCUCCCGCCACAUUACAACAUUCCUCUCAUCGUUCUUCACUCUGACAGCCAUCAUUUUCCUCCUGCUGGUCCUUCUCGGGAGCAUCCGCGCGAACCGCGUGCUGGGUGAUAUCUACUUUCUGCGCAUCGACGCCUCCCACAUCAUCCCGCGCUCGUAUCCCAAGGCCGCGCUGGUGAAUAGUAUAGUGCAAACGCUGGGUCUCCGCGACUUUUACCAGGUCGGCCUGUGGAACUACUGUGAGGGCUAUGUGGACAAAGGCGUUACGUACUGCGCGCCGCCGCGGGCGCUGUAUUCGUUUGAUCCUGUCAAAAUACUGGUGAGCCAGCUGCUGGCGGGGGCGGAGAUUGCGGUCCCUCCCAGAAUCGAGAGCGCACUAACCAUGGCCCACGACGUCAGCCACUGGAUGUUUGGCUGCUUCUUCGUCGGGAUCGCCUUCUCCGCCGUCUCCUUCGCCGCCGGCUGGCUCAACUAUAAAUCGUACCGCAUCCUACCCCUACUAAUGGCGCUAAUUACAGGGACCGCGGCGCUAUUCACAACGAUCGCGGCAGUGAUCGCGACGACACUGUUUUGUGUGUUUCGGCGCGUGUUUGAGGAGCGGCCGGAUCUGAACAUUAGCGGUGACCUGGGCGUCAAGAUGUUUGUCUUUGUGUGGAUGGCGGUGGGCGCGUCGGCGGCGGCGUUUGUGGUUAGCUGUUGGGUGUGCUGCGCGCACCGCGGCUGGGGAAAGCGUGGCAGUACCACGCCGGCGAAAAGGGAGAUCUACCAUAAGCCCUUUGAUGGCGGUGAGAGUAGAGGGAGUGAUGAAACGGCGGUUCCGGGGACGAUGAUGCUGAGAGAGGGGGGGGCUCCGGCGCUGAUACGGCGGUUAGUAGUGAGGCGGUGGUUGGGGAGAAACUGCCGUUGGAACAGGCAGGACCGGAGGAUGAAGAAAGUGAGAAGUUUCUAG